AUAGAUGAAAAUAAAUUCACCUGUCCAGUGACUAUCUACCCCAUUUUGCCUGGUUUGCUUCAUCUCGUAUAAUAUCUUGGCAUCAAAAUACAAGAACAAUUACCGGACCUUCUCAUAUACCAUCGACUGAAUCAUGUCUCAUAUUCUAGACUGUCCCCAUGAAAUCCUCAUCUGGAUCUAUCUCAGGCUGGAAUGCAUCACCGACGCUCUCCAUCUCUCUCGAUCAUGUCGCCAACUGCAUCACAUCCUGAACCGUCCUCACGACCGUUUGAACAUCUUCCUCUCCAUAAUUAAUAACAUCCCAACCCCCACCAGACCAGACAACGGCUGGAUGAAAUCCCACUUUGGCAUCGACUCCAUCUGGCAACCCACCGAAUCCGACUUCCCACGAGACCUUACUGAUCCCGACACUCGCUCAUUUCUCACCACGGUGGGGUUCCCAGCUAUGAAGCUCAAGAUGAGCGGAUUCGACUCGACGCAUCUUAAGGACAGGGGACUUCUCCAGGCCUUCGAUGCAGAUGAGCUAUACGGACUGCGGUAUCCAGACGACGACUCCCCGCCUACGAAUUUUGCGUUUCACUUCGCGAGUCUCGAUCAGUGGAUGGUGAUGGUUGGCGGAGAGGAUGGGGAGGUGGCGCUGUAUGAUCCUGAUGGGUGGGAUCAUGCGGAUGGGUAUCAGGGACUGGUUACGGAGAGGUUGGAUGUGAUUGUUCCUGAGAGUGUUGGGGAUGAAGAGAAGCAGGAGGAAAUGCAGCAGGCUGUGUUGGGGAGAUUGAGAGAAAGGAUGGUGGAGUAUGAUGAUUGUGUCGAGGAGUGUAAGUUCUGGGAUGGUGUUUUUGAGGCUUUUGAGUAGAUCUUUUCUUGUCUAUAUGAACUUGUCUAUGGUAGUCUAUGUGAUUUGAUUCGGAAUAAUACUAUACAAGAAGCUUAGAGUAUCGUGUAAUUAUAAAAUGUAGUGUCACCAAUCCGACUAUGAAUUAUGAUUAUAGAGUCCCCCAACCGCAGAACUUCCGGCCAAUCUUAAUGGCUGUCCCUGAUAUCACUCCCCAUACGCUUGCAUUCACUGCCGCUUGUACGC